AUGGAGGAGCACGACAACAUGGAUUACUUCUACCAGCAGGUGCUGCAGAAGGAUGUCACCCGGCGGCUCCAGGUCGGCCAGGAUCUCAUCGACUACCUGAGCGAUGCGUCUCGCUCGCCGGACGUGGAGCAGGACAAACCCCGGCUGGAUAAGACCGUGGACGAACUAACUGGCUGGGUCAACUCGAGCAAUUUCAAGGUGGCACUCUUGGGCAUUGACAUCUGCGCCGCCUUUGUGGACCGAUUGGGCGAGCGCUUCCGAGGCUACUUAGGGACAGUCCUGCCAGCGCUGGUGGACCGGCUGGGGGAUGGCAAGGACCAAGUCCGGGAGAACAGCCAAGGGCUCAUCCUUCACUGCAUGGAGCAGACGGCCUCGCCCAUGUACGUGUGGGAAAGGCUGCUGCCCGGCUUUAAACACAAGAACUUCCGCAGCCGAGAAGGACUGUGCCUCUGCCUCAGUGCCACGCUCAGCUCGUAUGGCGCUCAUACUUUGAGCCUGAGCAAGAUCGUUCCUCAUCUGUGCACUCUGACGGCAGACCAGAACCCUCAGGUACGAGAGGCCUCCAUCACAACAAUAGUGGAUGUUUACCGGCACGUCGGCGAAAGGGUACGAGCGGACUUGGCAAAGAGAGGACUGCCUGCCGGACGGUUGCAGACCAUAUUUACGCGCUUUGAUGAGGCUCUGAAUUCAGGCAACAUGGCUCUCAGCCCCAGUCAUGAUCGUAGUUUCGACGAUGACGACAGUGUGGAUGGGAACCGCUCAUCUUCCUCGGGCUUCAAAGUCCCCAAAGUUCCCAAGAAAACUGCCGAGCCGGCGGCAGCGCGCCGCCCUAGCGCCGCCGGCGGAAAGCUAGGGUCCAAGGAAAGCGCUGGAGCGGUAGACGAGGAUGACUUUGUCAAAGCUUUCACAGAUGUUCCUACUGUACAGAUCUAUUCCAGCAGAGAUCUGGAAGAAAACCUCAACAAGAUCCGGGAGAUCUGCUCCGAUGACAAGCAUGACUGGGACCAGCGGGCCAACGCUAUGAAGAAAAUCCGCUCCCUGCUGGUGGCUGGCGCCACUUCCUACGACUGCUUCUACCAGCACCUCCGCCUCCUGGAUGGAGCCUUUAAGCUCUCCGCCAAGGACUUGCGAUCCCAAGUGGUCCGAGAAGCAUGCAUCACCGUGGCCCAUCUCUCUUCCGUGCUGGGCAACAAAUUCGACCACGGCGCCGAAGCCAUCGUGCCCGUCCUCUUCAACCUCAUCCCCAACUGUGCCAAAGUCAUGGCCACCUCCGGCGUCUCCGCUAUUCGCAUCAUUAUAAAGCACACUCACGUCCCUCGGCUGAUCCCCUUGAUAACCAGUAACUGCACAUCUAAGUCUGUGGCUGUUCGAAGGCGCUGUUAUGACUUUUUGGACCUCCUGUUGCAAGAGUGGCAGACACAUUCGCUCGAGAGGCACACUGCCGUUUUGGUGGAGAGCAUAAAGAAGGGAAUUCGAGACGCUGACUCCGAGGCACGAGUAGAAGCCCGCAAGGCCUACUGGGGCCUGAGGAACCACUUCCCGGGGGAGGCGGACGCGUUGUACAACUCGCUAGAGUCGUCCUACCAGCGCACCUUGCAGUCGUGCCUCAAGAGCUCGGGUAGCGUGGCUUCGCUGCCUCAGAGCGACCGCUCGUCGUCGUCCUCGCAGGAGAGCCUCAAUCGGCCGCUGUCUUCAAAAUGGUCGGCCGCACCGGGUCGAGUCCCCGCGGGUUCAAAAGGCGGCAGGCCGUCCAUGUCGGCGGCCUCCCUGCAGCGCUCCCGCAGCGACGUGGACGUCAACGCCGCCGCCGUGGCCAAGCACCGGCACGCGGCGCCGACGCCAAAGGGGCCCAGCCGCCUACCUCCCGGUUCCUACGCCUCACUGGAUGAUGCCUCUGAUAAAACGGAUGGAGCCUGGUCAGACGACGGUCGCGUACGCACCAAGCAGCCUUUGACAACCGCCAGCAGCGUGUCCAGCCAAGUGGACUCGAGAGGACGCAGUCGCACCAAAAUGGUGUCCCAGUCACAACGUUCCGACGAAUCAGAUUGCACACCAGGAUCUCAGUCUGCUACCCCUGCCGAUGCCGGAAGCCGCAGCGGCUCCCCCGGUCGCGUGCUAACCACCACGGCACUAAGUACUAUGAACUCGGCCCACCGGGUGCUGCCGGGAACCGCCGGGGAUGGGCGCAGGCGGAGCCGCAUUCCCCGCAGCCAGGGUUGCUCCAGAGACUCAUCCCCCACACGCUUAUCUGUCGCUCCCUCCAGCAUUAGUUCCAUCUACAACGGUGCCAGCAGAGGAGCCCGGGGCAGCCGCAUCCCCCGGCCCAGUAUGAGUCAGGGCUGCAGCCGAGAGGCCAGCAGGGAAAGCAGCCGGGACACCAGCCCCGUACGCUCCUUCACGCCCCUCGCCUCGCGGAGCUACUCUCGCUCCACGGGAGCUCUCCACACACCCGACGCUUUCGGGGCUGCAGGUUCGAGUUUUGGCAUGGGUCAGUCCAGUCGCUUGUCAUCCUCAGUAAGCGCCAUGAGGGUCCUCAACACCGGCUCGGAUGUGGAAGAAGCGCUGGCAGAUGCCCUGCUGUUGGGAGACAUGCGGUCUAAGAAGAAGCCUGCACGGCGGCGGUAUGAAAACUACAGCAUGUACUCUGACGAUGACGCUAACAGCGACGCAUCCAGCGCCUGCUCAGAGAGAUCCUACAGCUCCAGGAACGGCGGUGCCAUUCCCACGUACAUGAGGCAGACAGAAGAUGUGGCCGAGGUGCUGAACCGCUGCGCCAGUGCCAACUGGUCCGAGAGAAAGGAGGGUCUUUUAGGACUUCAGGCUCUUCUAAAGAACCAGCGCUCCCUCAGCCGUGUGGAAUUGAAGAGACUGUGCGAGAUCUUCACCCGCAUGUUCGCCGACCCUCAUAGCAAGCGAGACUCCGGCAGGGUGUACGGCACGGCAGAAUCCGGUAUAAGCUCAGCCUCCUUCAAGAGGGUGUUCAGCAUGUUCCUGGAGACCUUAGUGGACUUCAUUCAAGUCCAUAAGGACGACCUUCAAGACUGGCUGUUCGUGUUACUCACACAGCUACUGAAAAAGAUGGGCGCAGACCUCCUCGGCUCAGUGCAAGCCAAGGUCCAGAGGGCGCUGGACGUGACGCGUGAGGCCUUCCCCAACGACCUCCAGUUUACUAUCCUCAUGAGGUUCACCGUGGACCAAACGCAGACGCCCAACCUCAAGGUCAAAGUGGCAAUUCUGCGAUACAUCGAGACACUCACGCUGCAAAUGGAGGCUCCCGACUUCGUCAACUCCAGCGAGACUCGGCUGGCCGUCUCGCGCAUCAUCACCUGGACCACAGACCCCAAGAGCUCAGAUGUCAGAAAGGCGGCCCAGGCGGUGCUGAUCGCCCUCUUCCAGCUCAACACGCCUGAGUUCAGCAUGCUGCUGGCAGCGCUGCCCAAGACCUUCCAGGACGGAGCCACCAAGCUGCUCCAGAACCACCUGAAGAACACGGGAAACGCCGCUCAGGCAACGAUAGGUAGCCCUCUGACCCGACACACCCCUCGCUCACCGGCCAGUUGGCCCAGCCCCGUGACGUCCCCCACCAACACCUCACAAAACACCCCCAUACAAAGUGCAUUUGACUAUGACACCGAGAACAUGAACUCGGAGGACAUUUACAGCUCUCUGAAAGGCGUCACCGAGGCCAUUCAGAACUUCAGCGUGCGCAGCCAAGAGGAUAUGAACGAGCAGCUCCAGGAAGGCGGCAACGUGGCGGACGGCCGAGCGCCCGACCCCGCCGACGGCGGACGCACGGCUCUGGACAACAAGACCUCCCUCCUCAACACGCCCCUGCUGUCCAACAGCCCCCGCGGCGCCCGCAAGCUCUUCUCGGACUCCCCGUACAAGCCCGGCCGUAAAGACGGGAGCCUGGACGACCCGGAGCGGCUCGCGGACGAAGGCGGCCUGGACCAGUCAGAGCUGAUGGGCGAGCUGCUGAAGGAGCUGUCCAAUCACAACGAGCGCGUGGAAGAGCGCAAGGCGGCGCUCGGCGAGCUCCUUAAGCUCAUCCACGACAACACGCUGCAGGUGUGGGACGAGCACUUUAAGACCAUCUUGUUGCUGCUGCUGGAGACCAUGGGCGACAGAGAGCACGUCAUUCGUACGCUGGCUCUGCGGGUCCUGCGGGAGAUUCUCAGCAAGCAGCCGUGGAGGUUCAAGAACUAUGCCGAGCUCACCAUUAUGAAGGCCUUGGAGGCGCACAAGGACCCCCACAAGGAGGUGGUCCGAGCGGCCGAGGAGACGGCGGCCAUGCUGGCGCUGUCCAUCAGCCCGGAGCAGUGCAUCAAGGUCCUUUGUCCCAUCAUCCAGUCGGCCGACUACCCCAUCAACCUGGCCGCCAUCAAAAUGCAGACCAAGGUGGUGGAGAGGAUCCCCCGCGACGGCCUCGGCGGGCUGCUCCCCGAGAUCGUUCCGGGACUCAUACAGGGUUACGACAACUCCGAGAGCAGCGUGAGAAAAGCCUGCGUCUUUUGCUUGGUGGCCAUCUACGCCGUCAUCGGAGAGGACCUCAAACUGCAUCUCAGCCAGCUCUCCAGCAGCAAGCUGAAACUAUUGAACCUUUACAUCAAGCGCGCCCAGUCAGGUUCCGGUGGAAGCGAGCCGGCAUCGGACAACCUAUAG